AUGACUAUCCCAGGCCCUUCAAAGGCUUCUGAAAAUUACUCAAAGUUUUUUGCGCAGUGCGAUCAAGAAGGUUUUCCGGAUAGGCAUUACUUGGAAUGGGUGUCAAAACAAUCCGCUAGAUCAGCUCGAUUGGACAGUAAAAAUCCGGUGAAGACUUUGGAAUUUAGUCCGACGGGUUCUCAUCUGGCGUACAGUAGAGCUGAUGGAACUCUAAAUUUAUGGAAGCUCAAGUCAGACCGUGCAGAAACAUAUCUAUCAGUUGAAUUCGAACUUCCUCGCAAUGUCUCAUCAACUGGCCCCGUUGAGAGGCCAGUAUGUGGCAUGACAUGGCACCCUAUAACCGGAUUCUUAUUGGCAACGGUCAAUGGCUCAAGUUGUAUCAACGUUCACGAUGUGUUUACGGGAGCUUUGAUCAAAAACAUUGACACAAACGGCGACCUUUCCUUCCGAAAAUUGUCGUACAGUCCCGAUGGAUCAUUAUUAGUGGCCCUGGCGGAAGAUGGGCAAUUUUGUCUUUUUGACAUUGAUGGAGAUUAUAAACAGCUUUGGACCUCAUCAUCAAAAGCUCGAUCGGAGGGUCCCCCGGAACCUACUGUUACCGCUACAACGUUUACCUGGUCUCAAGACAGCUCUAUGCUAUAUGUAGCUUUUAACUCAGGAGAGAUUCGAGUUUUCAAGGUCGGUGAAACAGCCCUGGAGCAUUAUACGUCUGUCUCGGGUCAUACGGGCGCUAUAAAUCGUUUGAAGAUAGAUUCUACGGGACUAUUUCUUUUCGCAGGCGGUAGCGAUACUAUAUGUUCUAUAUGGAACUUGACGAACAUGUGUUGCGUGAAGAUUAUCAGCGACUUCACGGGCCCCAUAAUGGAUUUGGAUAUAAGUUCUGAUAACGUAGCAUUGGCGCUUACGUCCCCACUGCAUACUCAGAUUUACGCAAUGGAUACCAGUGAAUCACUCCACUCGCUGGCUCCUCAACAAAAUAUAGAGAUUCCUAUAUUUCGGUUCUAUCCAGGAAGAAUGGCGUUUGUAACAAUUUCAGAAAAUGAAGAAGUAGUCAAGUAUCAUAAGUUGGCACCUACUGAGGCGGGAAACCGGAGCGAUACGGUCGAGCGAGAGAAAAAUGGUCGGCAUGACAGAAAUGGUGCGGGCAUCAAGACAAGUCGUCGCCGAGAGGAUGAUCGCUCUUGGAGAGGAAGCAGAUUCCCUAAGAGGUCGGCAAGAAGAUAA